CCUUUAACUCUGCCUCUGGUCUGUGAAAGUGUGUCACUGGGUUAAAGUGUCUGUCAAGCGCCCAGGCAAGUGGGAGUGGCUGACAACUGGGUCACAUGGUUAACACUAUUGAGAACAUUCAGUACAGAAGAGUCAUCAAACAACGGAGUUCAUCCUGCGUUUCUCAUCUUGUUACACACAAAAUCAAUUCGGGUUGUAUUAGAUGCCACAGAAUUGUCUCGGAACAUUUUGACUGAAAGAAGAGCAGAACUUGUUUUGUUCAGGAUACUGACAGUGGAGUGCAGAUAAUUAUAUUAAUGCUACAAAUAUUUACUACAGUAAUGUCAUUGAGACUGAAAUAAGAAAAAGUGUUGAGCUUUAGAUGAUCGACGCUUUGAAUUUGAGUUUGUUACAGUGAACCACUGUGCUACUAACGAAAAUAGCACUUUGCAAUCCUUGAAGAAAACAUCCAGUGCACUUUGUGAAACUGGCGAAUUAUUGACAAGACAUUGAGUCAGCAUAGGUUGCUUUCUCUAACGAUUCCCGGAAUCGAGGAGCCUGCAGACAUGGGAUCAACCAAGCCUGGUGGUGUAAUAGCCUACAUCUCUUCUGGCUCCGCCUCCAGCCCGGAGUCCUGUUUGAGUGACAGUUGCAGCAGCGGCUACCUGUGCUCCUCUCCGCCUCAUCCCUCACUGCCAAGCAGGGCAGUAGGAAUCAUGGUGGACAUCGCCCGCCCUACCACAGCCAAGCACCCACGUAGCCACGGCACAGAGAAGACUGGGCGAUCCACCUCCACCAAGAGCAGCAUCACCAAGAUCAACGGCAUAGUGUUGUUGUGUAAAGUGUGCGGCGAUGUAGCCUCAGGGUUCCACUAUGGCGUCCACGCCUGCGAGGGCUGCAAGGGUUUCUUCAGGAGGAGCAUCCAGCAUAACAUCCAGUAUAAGAAGUGUCUGAAGAUGGAGAGCUGCACCGUCAUGAGGAUCAACAGGAACCGCUGUCAGCAGUGCCGCUUCAAGAAGUGUCUGGCUAUGGGCAUGUCUAGAGACUCUGUUAGGUUUGGCCGUAUCCCAAAGAGGGAGAAGCAGCGCAUGCUGCUGGAGAUGCAGAACGCCAUGAACAACAUGAUGAACAACAACAGCCAGCUCCACAGUAUGCUCCACGGCACCCAGAGUCCACCCCGCCCCAUGGAAGGGCUCCCCAAUGACGGCAGCUCCUCUUCCUCUUCUUCCUCAUCUAUCUCGUCUUCAUCAGGCUCCAACCCUUCCUCACCCCGUUCCGCUCAAGACUCCAUGGAGACCAGCUCUGCCUCUUCCUGUUCGUCGGAUGACGAGGUUCCUCCUUCCAGGGUGUGUCACCAGGGCACAUUCACGUACCGCCGUGAGCAGCGACAGUCCAUCAAAGAGGAACCGGACGAGUCGCCUUCGCCGGUCGCCAGGGAAACUGAAAAAGACAGGAGAGACAGCCGCAUGGAGGAACCGCAGGAGAGCUGGAACCGCUGCAACGAAGACGCCAUCGCCAGGGGUUACCAACCUAGUUGUAACAGCUAUCAACACGUCACCAACGAUCUCUACCGGGAAGAGAGAGUUGUUUACCAGCAGCGGCCUCCGCAACUAAACGGCGCCCCAAGCCUCCAUCACAGGACCCUCAACAAAAUGCACAACGCACAGAACGUCUCCAAUGGUUACAGUGGACCAUCAUACAGCCUACAGGACCACAGGACAAACUUGGUCACUCCCAGUCUCUAUGUGGACCCCCGCCAGCGCAGCCAGGAGAUAUGGGAGGAGUUCUCUCUGAGUUUCAUCCCGGCUGUGCGCGAGGUGGUGGGGUUUGCCAAGAGGAUCCCGGGCUUCCGAGACCUGUCCGAGUACGACCAAGUCAGCCUGCUCAAAAACGGAACGUUUGAGGUGCUUAUGGUGCGCUUCUCUUCGCUGUUCGACGUGGCCGAGCGCACGGUGACCUUCCUGACGGGGAAGUGUUACAGCUUGGAGCUGCUGCGCUCGCUGCGGCCCGGGGAGCUGCUCACCUCCAUGUGUGACUUCAGCGAGAAGUUGGCCGCUCUGCAGCUGGACAAGGAUGAGAUGAGCCUCUUCAUUGCCGUCGUCCUCGUCUCCGCCGAUCGUUCGGGGAUCCAGGACUUGAAGUCAGUGGAGGCGCUGCAGGACACGCUGAUCCGAGCGCUGCGGAGUCUGAUCAUGAAGAACCACGCCAACGAGACUACCACCUUCACCAAGCUGCUGCUGAAGCUGCCCGAGCUGCGCUCCCUCAACAACAUGCACUCUGAAGAACUGCUGGCCUUCAAAGUGCACUCAUAAUGGGGCUCAUCUGACUCCUAAAUACCCUCCUUCCACACUUUAAAACCAGGACUGACCUCCUCUGCCACUCCUAUACCAGGACCUAGGGGAGACCUUGGGGACCUACUGUUUGCAGUCGACGAACUGAGUGUAUUUCUCCAAAAUGUAGUGAGAAGUUAUUUUGGACUAUGUUGAAAGGGACAAAGGUCAGAGAAGAGAAGAUACUGUACUCUAUUCAUAGGAGAUGGCUAUGAACAAGUGUGUGUGUGAGAGGCUUGUAGUUUUGCCAAGUUAGAGGUACCUUUCUAUUUUUAAAGAAAAAGAUGAAGAAAUACUAUACAGGCUUUUUGAAAUGAAGAAGUGCAGAACUACUUGGUUUUGUUAAAGCCGUUUAAUUCAAAAGUGUAUUGCUCACGAGCAGUGUGAAUGUGAUGAUUAUGCUAUCUAUUGGAUGUUUCAAACGAUGCGCAAUAUCAAUUGGUCACUGUUUUCGACCCAAUAUAUGUUUGAUAAAAGCCCUCAAGACUCAAUGUAAACAUCUAUCUAUCAGAAAGAAUGCUUGAUGAAUCAGAUGAUUGCUGCUAUUGCAUGGCUAUCCUUAAGUGAACAACUUGAUGUUGUCGUGCCCAACCCUCUGAGGAAGGAGUCAUUUCUUUAUUUUUGAAUUGUUCAACUGCAUUGUCAUCUUUACUGUCCUUUGUGGACAUAGGGUAUUUCAUUCGUCUGAAUAUUUUGAAUAUUUUAUUUUUUGCAAGUCUUUGACAGCUGCUUCUACCACGCCUCCUUCUGGGGAGUUGUUGAUAGGACACUUUUUCAGCAACACAACUUUGCACAUUGUGUUGUGGACUGUCAACCUCCAAAACCACAGAUGCCAGCACAGACCCACAUCAUGUGUGCAUAAUGUAAACAUGAUGAUACUGAAGUGUUCCUUAACUGAUUUCCCACCUUCCUCACAGUGAGGAGUCACUGGGUGGUUUUUACUUUACCUCCUGGCAUUUUGGCACAGCACAUGACUUUGCAACUGAAAUCUUUUCCCAUCUGUUGUUUUUGGGGAAUGUCUAUAUGUGUCUCCUUUUACUGACAAGAUUGCAAUUUGUAAAUAAAUUAUGUAUAUCUAUCAGAUAAAUAUAUAAAUAGUAUAAAUAAAUACAAGUGAAGUUA